AUGUCAUCCGCUCUCGCUCGAGCCCGACAACUCCUCGCAUACUUCAGUAGUUCAAAGCCUCCUACGUCACCGCUAUCCGUCGCAGCAACAGCAACAGCAACAGCAACAACAGCACCCCAAUCAGCCCACCGGACCCUGAUCACCCGGAAGCUCAAGGGGUUGGAGGACAUAAUCUCUUUCACAUCCGUCCAUUGGCAUUUGGGAGAUCUGGGAUGGCGGUUUGCAACCGCUGAGGAAAACCUGCCCGGCGAGAAUACGGGGCCGGAUCCCCAUCAUCAAGGCUUUGAGCAUCUCAGGCAGAUUUAUUUUGAUGUCGAUCCGGAGUACAAAGGGCGGUUUACUGUGCCGACGCUGUACGAUACGAAGACCAAGACGAUUGUCAGUAAUGAGAGCUCUGAGAUCAUUCGCAUGUUUUAUUACGAAUUUGACGAUUUGUUGACGGAGGAGUACAGAAAGGUUGAUCUGUUUCCGGAGCAUCUGCGGAAGGACAUCGAGGCGACUAAUGAAUGGACGUAUAACGACGUGAACAAUGGCGUCUAUAAGUGCGGGUUUGCAACAAAACAAGAAGCAUACGAAAAAGCAAUAGGCCCCUUGUUCUCCUCGCUCGACCGCAUCGAAUCACACUUACAAUCCAAGAUCGCCACCAGGCCCUCCAAAGAUACUCCUACAUACUACUUCGGCGAUACAAUCACCGAAGCAGACAUCCGCCUCUACACCACCAUUGUCCGCUUCGACCCUGUAUAUGUCCAGCAUUUCAAGACGAACAUCCGCGACAUCCGCUCCGGAUAUCCCGCCAUCCACCGCUGGCUGCGUCACUUGUAUUGGGAUAUUCCGGCUUUCAGAGAAACGACACAGUUUGAACAUAUCAAGAGGCAUUAUACGAAGAGCCACUCGCAGAUUAAUCCCUUUGGGAUUACGCCUGUGGGACCAGUGCCGGAUAUAUUGCCCAAGGAUAAAGAGGUUGUGGCUGUGAUGGCGGCGAGAGAGUAA